AUGAAACCGGACAUUCUCCCUGUAUUUUCGAAAUGCUCGGUGAGGGUGUCACAGCUCUACCCAGAGCCGCAGCAUGCCUUGAGAUUGUGGGCAACUUAUAUGGAAAAUGUUAACCCUGUUUUAAAGCUUCUACAUACCCCAACAGCGCAAUCAACCAUCAUCGGAACAAUUCUGGAUCCUCAAGCUUCUAACUCAUCUAGCAUGGCUCUGGCGUUCGCCGUGUUUUUUGCCGCCGUUACCAGUAUGAAUGAUCGCGAAGCGAGAGAAUCUUUGUUGGAAAACCGUCAACAUCUUCUCAGACGAUAUUCAGCCGGGUUAAAUCAGGCACUAGUGGAUGGAGAUUACCUCGGUAAUCCAAAGGUUACUGAAUUGCAAGCACUUACCAUAUUUGUGACAUGUUUACGUGCUCAUGAUACGAGUCGCGCUGUAUGGGUGCUUAUUGGUACCACCAUUCGACUGGCACAAUCAAUUGGAUUGCACCGUGAUGGCAUGCUGUUGAAACUCUGUCCAUUCGAGACCGAAAUCCGUGUGCGUUUGUGGUGGCAUCUGUGUCUCUUGGACUCCCGAUCGCCCGAGGACCAUGGAUUUGAGCUUACCCUUGACAUAUUCAAUCAAGGCCCCCGACUUCCCCUCAAUGUCAAUGACAACCAGCUGUAUCCAGACAUGAAGGCUCUCCCAGAGGGAUCUGAGGUGUGGACUGAGAUGACGUUCUUUCUCGUGCAGAUUGAGGCUGCAAAAAUUUUACAUCCAGUCCUGCGUACGAAACAAGAUUCCGGGACGGAUGCUCUCGGCGACUUGAUGACAAAACGACAAAUGAUUGCAGAUCAUGUCCGCUUAAUUGAAGACAGGUAUCUUUCAAACGGUAAUAUGGACAUUCCUUUGCAUAGAGCAGCAUUUUAUCAUUAUCACACCGCAUGCGAGAAGAUGAGAUUUAUGCUACAGCUUCGGGAGGAGCUUUAUCUACAACCGAACAAAAUAUCUGAUAACCCGGACCAUGUCGUCAGACAGUCUUUCACAAUGGCGUAUCGGGUCCUUGAGGGUAGUUAUUUCCUGCUCACAAAAGAUUGCUCCAUGCAUUUCACGUGGAUAUUCCAUGUUUAUACCCAGUGGUAUGCACUUGCAUACGUUCUGCGCUGCUUGUCUUUCUACCCCCGUUGUCGAGAAACAGACCUUGCCUGGGAUCUGGUCAAUAAGAUCCUACGACUCAUCGACAGCUUUGGAGAUGGGUACUGGAAUGGCUCAUCAACGAGCGAAACCAACAGCAUCUGGGCUUGUUUGGAGGCACUUCGCAUGCAGGCAGUACAGAGAAGGCUGAAGGGAAAGAGGCCUCAGAACUGCACCAUGUCUCUACUCCAACAAUUCCACCGGGCCCUGUAG